GGCCGAGCUGCCAACACUCCCUGACACUCACUCAUCACACACCGCCGCUGCCACCGCGCCGCGUUUUCAAAACUCUUCUUCGGCGCUUUUCUGCACUUUUUCUCGGCUGUAAUAAAACAAGAAAGCGGACCGGAGGCAUAAAGGAGGCAGGCAGUCGCUGGAUGAAAACGGGGCAAAAAAGAUUCAUCCUCUCUUGAACAUCAUCACCGACCAUCAUUCAUUCAUUACCUUGACAACCCCUGGCUUUGAUUGACAGUUGGAGUGGCAAAAAGCCAUGAGAUACGACAGUUUAGUUACAUGCAGGUUGUUGAUGGGCCGGCUGUAACCUUCGCUUGGGCGCUUGACUUUUUUCCGGGCAAAGUGGAAAAGAAGAAUAAUUGCUGAAAAACUCCCGAUGCCCGCUCUCGUUUUCAAGCAUACUGGAGAAUAGGAGAUUUCGGCAAGUUGCUCGGAAAAGGAAUCUUGGCGGUGCAUGAGUUUGUGAGCGUACUGGGAAAUUAAAUCGACGACACAGAUCCAGAGGUUUAUUGGAGCGCAGGCUGAUGGCGCAAAGGUACGAUGAGCUGGCUCAUUACGGCGGCAUGGACGGAGUCGGUAUGUACGGGGAUCCUCACGCGCCUCGGCCGCUCCCGCAGGUCCAUCAUCUGAAUCACGGACCUCCGCUCCACGCCAGCCAGCAUUACGGCACACAUGCCCCCCAUCCCAAUGUCAUGCCCACCAGCAUGGGUUCAGCUGUCAACGACGUGUUAAAGAGGGAUAAAGAUCAAAUUUACGGUCAUCCUCUCUUUCCUCUGCUGGCUCUGGUCUUUGAGAAGUGUGAGCUGGCCACAUGUACUCCCCGUGAGCCCGGGGUGGCCGGUGGAGACGUGUGCUCCUCCGACUCCUUCAACGAGGACAUCGCGGUCUUCGCCAAACAGGUCCGUGCAGAAAAACCUUUAUUUUCGUCAAAUCCAGAGUUGGAUAAUUUGAUGAUACAAGCCAUACAAGUUUUACGGUUUCAUCUCUUGGAGUUAGAAAAGGUGCAUGAACUCUGCGAUAAUUUCUGCCAUCGGUACAUCAGCUGUUUGAAAGGAAAGAUGCCGAUAGAUUUAGUGAUUGAUGAACGGGACGGCAGCUCAAAAUCAGACCACGAGGAGCUCUCGGGAUCUUCAACUAAUUUAGCCGAUCAUAAUCCAGCGUCCUGGAGAGAUCACGAUGAUGCCACGUCCACACACUCUGCGGGCACGCCGGGACCCUCCAGCGGAGGACACGCGUCACAGAGCGGAGACAACAGCAGUGAACAAGAUGGUUUAGACAACAGCGUGGCCUCACCCGGCACGGGCGACGACGAUGAUCCAGACAAGGACAAAAAGAGGCAGAAAAAACGCGGCAUCUUCCCCAAGGUGGCCACCAACAUCAUGCGAGCGUGGCUCUUCCAGCAUCUCACACACCCGUAUCCUUCAGAGGAACAGAAGAAGCAGCUCGCUCAAGACACGGGACUCACCAUCUUACAAGUAAACAACUGGUUUAUUAAUGCCAGGAGAAGGAUAGUUCAGCCCAUGAUCGAUCAGUCAAACCGAGCAGGAUUUCUUCUUGAUCCUUCAGUGAGUCAGGGAGCAGCGUACAGUCCGGAGGGUCAGCCGAUGGGCAGCUUCGUGCUGGACGGACAGCAACACAUGGGCAUCCGGCCGGCAGGUCCUAUGAGUGGUAUGGGCAUGAAUAUGGGCAUGGACGGCCAGUGGCACUACAUGUAACACGUCUGUACAGGAAAGAGAAGGGGGAAGUGUGCGAGUCGUGCCGGAGGAGUUUGUACCUCAGCGUGGUCCUGUGGGCAUCACCGACAGCCCCUCGUGUAUCGCAUUCCCCACCCGACCCCCGAGGCCCACGCGGCCAUGCUCACGCACGAUGAACUCCCUGACGCAGAAGCCACCAGCACGACCGCCUCUGACCCCUCUGCCGCCACGCAACGGGAACCGACCAAUCACAUCGCGGAUGACACUGACAUUUGUCCCGAGAAAGGUUUUUUAAAAGAAAAGAAAAAAGAA